UAUCGGCAAGAGUCUGGGCGAGCGCCUGUUUCACAAGUUUUGAUGUUUCCUUUGCGGCUCUGUGUGCAGUGGGCGCGAGAGCGGGCCUCGGCGACACUCCCAGAGGAGCCGGCCCCAGCGGCCCCGCCGCCAUGCGGCCAGGAGGGGUGGGCGGCACUGGCGGGGUCCCCCAGCCGGGCACCCCCUGCCCCCCGGGCCCGCCGGGCCCCACCCCGCUCGAGCCACUUGCGCCCCUGGCCCCGGCGCCGCACGGCCCAGCCGCCCUCGGCUCCCUGCCCAACCUGCACGAGCUCAAGAAGGAGCGCUACGCUGGCGACCUGGGCCUGGAGCCGGAGGACAAGGGCAAGGCCGAGGAGGAUGCCAAGGAGGCCACGGCCACCGGGGGCGACGCACAGCAGCAGCAGGCGGCGGGACCGCACAGGCCGCUGGCUGCCACUCUGUCCGACGGGCCGACCAGGAGUUACCGGGUGAGGCCGACCGUCGCCACCGCGGCCAUGCUCGCCGAUUACUACCAAGGACAGUCGUGCGGAGGCGGCCUGGUGUUCUCUCCGCUGGCCGCGCGCUCCCUCCGCUGCCCGCACUCGGUCCAGCAGCAGCCCCACCACAGUCGAGGGCCCUCGCACGGCGGCCACUGGGACGACGUCAACGUGGAGAACGCGUACUCCCCGCAGCGAUCGGGCACGGUGCAGGGCGCCGCGCUUCCGGGCAGGAAGAGGGACUCGCUGACCAGCUCCACGGGGACGUCCUCGGUGCGGCGUCUCAUCGCAGUGGUGCGCUCCACGCCGUCGCGCCUCGGCCCGGUCUACACGCGGCGCACGCUGUGCCGCAACUACGCGGCGCUGUGCCUCGGGCACACCAUGUUCAUCGUGGCGCUGAUGCCGCUGGUGGCGCUGCAGGGCUCCGUGUCGGCCUGGUGGUGGACGUGGAACUACCCAGGUGACCCCAACAACGACACGGGCGCGCUGCUGCUCAUCGCCUUCUUCGGCGCGGCAGCGUUGUCCGCCACGGUGAGCCCCACGGUGGUGAGCAGGCUCACCCCCAAUUGGACGCUCAUCCUCGGCUACCUGGGCAUCGCCCUGUUCCUGGCCGCGCACCUGUACCCGACGUUCGAGGUCCUCCUGCCAACCUACCUCCUCGGCGGGCUGUGCCUCGGUCCGCUGGCGGUGGCGCGGGUGACGGUGCUGAUGGCGCUCUCCUCCAAGCUGGCGCUGCAGCUCACGGAGCAGGAGGAGAUGGACGCGGACGCCGAGGAGCUGGAGGCCGUGAUGGCGGGGGCGGGCGGCGGCGGCCGCAUCGAGACGGUGCUGCGGCGGCUGGCGCGGGGGCUACAAUUCGCGCACGACGGCGGGCUGGCCCUGGGCAGCGUCAUCGCGUCCCUGCUGCUGUGGUACACGCUGCCCGAGACGGGCUCGCUGUGGGACGCCGUCUGGACGGCUGGACCGUCCGGACUUACCUUUGGCGCCCUCGGUGACCUGAACCUGUCCAGCGCCGUGGCCGCACUGCCGACCACCGCCAUCCUGGAGGCGUACUGGCCCCGCGGCGAGGACGGCGCUCGGACGUGCGGCGCGCAGGCCUGCCCCAUCGGCACCGACCCCGACGACUGGGAGGACCUGGCGCGGCCCAGGACGCUGGCGCAGUUCCUGGUGUUCAACGUGACGGCCUGGAACGGUAAGCUGGUGCGGCUGCCGUGCAAGACGACGGCCGUGCUGGCUUCCGUGUUCCUGGGAUGCGCCAUCAUGGGGCUCGCGCUGACGGCCGUGUUCCUGGACCACCUCAAGGGCACCGGACAGCACCACGACGGCUGCGGGCUGCAGGAGCGCCCGCCCUCGCACCUCCGCUCGGUCUGGGACUCGUUCAAGGACGCGCGCAUGCAGCUCAUCAUUCCGCUGUCCAUCUUCAUCGGGCUGGAGCAGGGGUUUAUGCUCGCCGACUUCAGCAAGUGGUACGUGGUGUGCUCCCUGGGGCUGCACAACGUGUGCCUCGUGUUCAUGAGCAUGGGGCUCAUGCAGUCUGUGGCGGCCUUCACGCUGAGCAUGCUGCUGCAGCACAUCCGGCGCUACAUCGUCAUCGGCGUGGGCUUCACCUUCCACACGUGCCUCAUCAUGGUGCUGCUCAUGUGGCUGCCGUCCGCCGAGGACUCGGCCCUCUUCUACGUCAUCUCGGCCGCCUGGGGCGUCUGCAACGCCAUCUGGGAGACGCUCAGCUUCUCGCUGCUGGUGCGCGUCUACCCGGACAGCUGGCAGGGCCCCGUGUCCCUCAGCAACAUGUGGCGCUUCCUGGGGUUGUCGCUGUCCUUCCUCAUGCACGCCUCGGCCUGCAACUCGUUCAAGCUGUACGCGCUGUUUGCCGCCCUGGUGCUGGCCGUCACGCCGUACGCCCUGCUCGAGUACCGGCUGGACGUGCGACGGCGCUCCAAGCACUCGAGCGCACCCUUGUGACCCGAGCAGGGGGCGCUGUUCUGAAGACGUCGCUCCAGGCGGCCGCCGUCGUCGCGGCCCUCGUCGCGCGCGCCGCUGCCCGCGCUGCAGGGUCGCGCGCUGUCCGCGCUGCCCGCGCUGCCGCGCCUCAACCGGCUGGGCCGGCCGCGGUGCCCGCCGUGCAUGCGGCCGGCAUCGUCGAGGCCCGCGGCCAGCCGGGCGGGGUCGGGCCGCGGGCCCACGUCGCCCGCGCCGCUCGCGCAGCCCGCAGUGCAUCAGCAGCAGCAGCAGCAGCAGCAGCAGCGGCACGCCAACGGCCACGUGCCGUGCGACACCGUGCUCGACCCGAGCCGCCUGGAGGACGCCCCCGCGGCACGCGCCGCCCUGGCACCCGCGGCCCCGGCGCCGCCGGCAUCGCCCAGCGCGCCCGACACGUUCGUCAUGGAUUCAAAAAUAGUUGCGUCAGAAAAAGACCGUGCGACCCGACGCGUUUCGGGCAGCGCACCUGGCGCACCUGCGCAAACGCGACCAGAAGCUCAACGAGCAGCCCCGACUGAAACCGAAACGCAAAUAUGGGCAAGGACGGAGGCUCCCUGCGUCACGACCGGGGGAACGUCCUCCUCGACGGGGGCGUCGCCGCCAGAGCCCGUGGAGGAACCGGGCCAGGGCCGCUCCCCCGCGGGCCCCGAGGCUCCCGGCGACGACGGAGGGCUCCAGGCUGGGGCUCCCGACGCCACCGACCCUCCCUCGUAGCCGAGGACCUACCUCCCCGCGUGAAAUGUAAUAAUUUUAGUUUACUCCAAAGACUAGCCCUCGAUCUGAAGUUGAAAUUAAAAAAAGAGAUUAUUUUGUUGUACUGUGCCAUUUCCGGUUAGGAUUAUCGAUGUUAGUGUAAGUAUUUACUUUCUCUACUAGGCCACCCGUCUAGCAAGUGCAGUCAAUCGAGAUGUAAUAAGAAUAUGAAUGCUCAAUGAAGUUCCACCGAAUGUGUAUAUUGAAAAACUGUUGUCACUUAGGGCUGUACUAAAAAUUGUUUUUACCGGGCUGCACGGGCAGGAUGUCUUUAUGUCCUCUACUUUUACUGAGGUAUUCUGUACCGCGUACAGGUGUGCGUACGGGUAUCAUCCAGGGAGUACGUCUGUCAUUCUAAUCGCCUGCGCCUGCCUGCACCUGCCGAGUGCAGAAGCCUGCGCAAGCUCUCGUAGAGCCUGAUAGGUAGGCAAUAUUUUGUCUUCAGUGCAUGCGUGUACUGCGGCGUGGCCUACCCCAAGUCUCGCAGGCGCGUCGAGCUCGCAUAAUUUGCCGAACAAAAACCGACGUACUUUCUGGACGAUUCCUAUGGCCCGCAACUCAACUAAAUCGCGCGGUAUACUAUGAAGAAGUAAAAAUACGGGGUCUAAAGAAAACAUAAUGUAUGUCCCCGCCCCGCUGGAGUAUAAUAAUAAUAAUAGAUACAGUUGCGCUUCUCACUCUCCCUGAUUGUCUUCCCUCGAAGUCUUCCAACGGCGUAAAUGGAACAGCCUCUAUAUGUAUAUCUGAUCGAAAACUUACAACAACAAGCAAAGCAUCAGGUCCAAAAUUUGUAACAUUAUAGUGUGGCACUUUUUCAAUAAGGAUAAAUAAAUAGUACGUCCCUCCUCCUUCUCCUCCAUCACUUUUUCACUGCUGAUUGUAAUUGAAAACCUUCAAUGAAUCGACGAUACUGCUCUCUAUUCCUUUAUGCUUUCUCUUUUAGAUCCGUCCCGCAUACCAAAGACUUGUGUUCUCCUUUUUAUACGUCAAUCAAAUCUGUCAUUUUUCUAAAAGCGGAAUGAACAUUAGGGCCCUACUUCUUUUCACUAAAGAGCGGUUUGUCGUAGAUAUUAAUCAAAAAUAUUCGCAUAUAUUCGUCGUUUUGAAGUUAUUUGAAUAAAAUACCCGGAACUUCGUCUUUUCAAUUGUGUACAUAUUUAUGGAUGUUCUCUGUUGUGAUAUUUUGUACUUUUUUAGGGUCGUGAUAUUUGCUACUAUACUUGUUUGACCCAUUGUGUAUUGCUUAGUAUAUGGACCACAGAUUUAGAGUGUUAAUGUGAUUUCCCUCUGGACUCUUCUUUCAGUAUUCUAGCAUCGAUUUGAGUAGAUCAAGAAGUUCAGAAAGCGUUCUUAACAAUGUCUAAUAUGGGAAAGGACUUAGUACGUUCCAUGCAAUCCUGUAACAACCAGGAUUUUUAGUCCUGAACUGACUGAAGCAAUUUUGUGUGAAAUAAAUUUCAUUCAAUUUUUUUAGUAAAUUUCCCUUGUGUGCUACAUACAAUGCUUAAUUAAUGAAAUUAAACAGAACAUAUCAAUUAAACAUAUACUGUAAAGAAAAUGGGCAGAACGGGAAUUUGCUAUAUUUAUGUCAACUUGAGAAUCCAAUGUCUAUUUAUGUUGUACAGGGUAGGUGAUCUGUGUCAUCCUUUUUUCUCUUUUUUUUUCGUUAUACUGUACCAUAUUCAGGCGUGCGAACGGGUUGCAUACUUGAACGGGGCCAUAAGGCGUCAUGCCGAGUGACGUUGGGCAAGCCCGCCCGCACGCCUUGAAUCCGCUACAUAGUAUGACCAGAAACGAGUAAAAAGGGCUGUGCAGAUCACCCCUCCUGUAAAUUUGGUCAGAUAUUGUGCAGUGUGGCCAUUAUGACAAGAUAUGACUGACAAAUGACAAAUGUUUACAUAGUCGUGCUCGCGCCAUCGUGCGUCUGUAAAGCGCGAGCGCUGUCUUGUUGGAAUCAAUAAGCAAAUAAAUUUGAUGGUUUGAAAAA